CGUGGAGCUACAGUGAAACACGAGAAAUGAAAACAGAGUAGGUAGCAGCGUUAGCUUCCCCUCUGUUAGAAUGUAGUUUGAAUUCAGGUUUGGUGUUUUGGGUAAAAUAUUUGACUGUUUGCUGUUAAAAUGUCUUCAGUUCCGCCCCAGAGAGAGUUAAUCAACAAGCAGUUAACUCCUGCUGAAGAAACAUUAACGGAGUUUUAUAAAAUCAUCGUCAAGUCCGAGGAAGAGAUGGGUGAUCAUCGCAGACUGCUGGAUUUCUCCCGAUUACCCCAGAUAAUCUUACACCGAAUAGAUCUCCCACAACACUGUGUGAAUGAACUCGCUGAAUCUGGAGUGAUUACUGAACUCAACACCCAGGAUGAGAACUUGACUUUAAAUGAAGUAAAACUUGAAUCUGUGGAGAUAAAACAGGAGCAAAAAGAGCCAGAACAUCUACUGAUAAAGUGCGAGCAAGAGGAACUGGAACAUCUACAGAUAAAACAGGAACAAGAAGAUUCAGAACAUCUCCACAUAAAACCAGAACAAGAGGAACCAGAACAACAGCAGUUUAAAGAUGAAGAGGAUCAACGCUGCAUCACUCAGUACGAAGAGCAGUUUGUGAUUAAACAGGAGACUGGAGACAUUUUGGUGACUCCUCUUAACGUGCAAAUAAUAAACAAUGAAACAGAAUCAAACAGGAACCAACUUGUCUCUCAUGCUUCUCCUGAAGAUAACCAUUAUCAGGAAGGAAACAAUUCUGAAGACCCAGGAGAAAAGAGAGAAAAAGAGCAGAAGCAAAACAAGAGAUGUCAGAAAACCAAAGGGCAAAAAGUUACUUCUGAGGGUUUAAAACAUACCCACAAGAAAACUCACAGGGAACUAUAUAUAUAUUCCUGUAAAAUUUGUGACAAAGCCUUUACUCGAAAAGGUCACUUGACAAUGCAUAUGAUGAUUCAUACUGGUGAGAAGCCAUUCCCAUGUUUGAUGUGCGGAAAGAGUUUUAGGGAAAGUAGGGUUUUAACUUCUCACAUGAGAACUCAUACAGGAGAGAGGCCAUUCUCGUGUAAAAGCUGUGAAAAAACAUUCAUUUAUAAAACUAAUUUAACUACUCACAUGAAAACUCACACAGAAGAGAAGCCGUUCACAUGUGUGACCUGCCAAAAAAGUUUCAGAAGCAGGUCUUGUUUAACUUCUCAUAUUAGGAUUCAUACAGGUGAGAAGCCUUUCUCGUGUAUGACUUGUGGAAAAAAAUUCACUCAAAAAGGUCACAUGACUAGUCACAUGAGAGGUCACACAGGUGAAAAGCCUUUCACAUGUAUGACUUGUGGAAAGGGUUUUAAUGACAGAAAUAGUUUAACUUCUCACAUGAGAAUUCACACAGGCGAGAGGCCUUUCUCAUGUGAAAUUUGUGGAAAAAGUUUCAUUACAACAAACAAUUUAACUUGUCACAUGAGGAUUCAUACAGGUGUGAAGCCUUUCACAUGCGAGUGCUGUGAAAAAAGGUUCAUCAGUAAAACCAAUUUAGCUCAACACAUGAGAACUCACACAGGUGAGAAACCUUUCUCAUGUGAAAUUUGUGGAAAACAGUCUCCUACAAAAGAUGGAUUAACUUCUCACGCAAGAACUCAUACAGGCAAGGAGCCUUUCGAAUGUGGGACCUGUGGGAAAAAUUGCAGAUAUAAAUCUGUUUUAACUUAUCACAUGAGGACUCAUACAGGUGAGAAACCUUUUUCCUGUGGGAUCUGUGGAAAAGGUCUGUCUACCAAAAAUAGUUUAAAUUCUCACUUGAAAAGUCAUACACGUGAGAAACCUUUCCUUUGUGGGACCUGUGGAAAGAGUUUCAGGACUAAAAGGAGUUUAUGUGAUCACACGAGGAAUCACAGAUGAGAUGUUUUAAAGUGAACAAGUUCCUCUGUAACUUUCCUUUUAAUGUAAAUACAGUGACAUUAAAAAAGACUUGUAAUUAAAGAUACUUAAAUGUAUGCAAAUUUAACAUUUUAUAAAUUUUAAAUUUUAUAUUUAUUUCUGAUUUUGGAAGGAUGACUGAGAUAUUUUACAUUUUUUGUUGAAAUAUCUUUACUGACAUAUUUGUUAAAGCUAAACAAACUGGUUGUUGUUCUACCUAUGUCUUUUUCAUCAGUUACACAGUUUGAGAAGGUUUUUAGUUUUUAGGAUGUUUGAAAAUAUUUUGAUAUAGAUUCAACUUCUGUUAUGAAAGUGACUGUCAGUGAAACUAUUUUUAAGUCUCUUGUAAUAAAGUCAGUUUACCAUGAU